GCAGCCGCGCGCUGUGCAGGGUCCCCCGCGGGGGCGAAAGGGCGGUGGCCGCAGGGCCGGUUCUGGCCACGCGGACCGAGCUCCUGGCUCGGGCAGGUCCCUGCCCCAGGGCAGCCAUGAGCCUGGUGGCCUGUGAGUGCCCCCCUGUCCCUGGCCUGGAGCCCGAGCCUUGCUCACGAGCGCGGUCCCAGGCCCACGUGUACCUGGAGCAGAUUCACAACCGGGUGGCUCCGGGGGCUCCUGACAUGACUAAGCGCGACUACCUGGUGGACGCCGCCACGCAGAUCCGGCUGGCCCUGGAGUGCGAGGUCAGCGAGGACUACGAGGCAGCCUUCAACCACUACCAGAAUGGCGUGGACGUUCUGCUCCGAGGCGUACACGUUGACCCCAACAAGGAGAGAUGUGAGGCUGUGAAGCUGAAAAUUACCAAGUACCUGCAGCGAGCAGAGGAGAUCUUUAAUUGCCACCUUCAGAGGGCGCUGGGCAGCGGAACCAGCCCUGGCACGGGUUUCAGCAGCCUGAGGCUGCGGCCCAUCCGCACGCUGAGCUCUGCCCUGGAGCAGCUGAGGGGCUGCAAGGUGGUCGGGGUCCUGGAGAAGAGAAACGGGGGCCGGCGUGUGCUCCCCUACACGCCGAGGGCGAUGUGCUGGCCGGGCUGGCACCACGUGGCCGCAGACAAGCUCCUUUCCCUCUCUGGGCGCUGGUUUCCUCAUCUGGAAGUGGAGGUGCAGCUGGUCCAGGACCCAGCGACUGGAGGGACCUUCGUGGUGAAGAGCCUGUCCAGGUGCCACAUGGCGAGCCAGGAGCGAUUGACCAUCAUCCCACACGGCGUCCCCUACAUGACCAAGCUGCUGCGGUAUUUUGUGAGCGAAGACUCCAUCUUCCUGCACCUGGAGCAUGUGCAAGGAGGCACUCUCUGGUCCCACCUGCUCUCCCAGCCGUGCUCCCAACAGUCUGGGACCAGGUCUGGCUCCAGCCUGGAGAGGAUGAAGGCUCAACUCAACUCCCGCCUCAGCCUUGGGAACCCAGCUCGGUUCCCCUUGGGCCACACCCACCUGCAGGAUGGAAUCCCCCUGGAUGCUUCACGGACUUCUCAGAGGCUUACCCCCGCCAGGGGGGCCACAUCCAUCAGAGCCCAGAGAGAGGCUGAAGGUGAACCCUCAGCCAGGACCAGCACUUCCUGCUCCUGGGACCUUCCAAAGGCUCCAAGUGGCCACCUGCACCCCCAAGCCCGGCGGGGGCCUGGCCAGAGCUCAGACCCGGGGCCCCCUUGGUGUCUCCCUUGGGUUCGCGCAGGGGCUGGCCGAGUGCUGGGGGGCUGCGGCCGAGGCAGAGGUCAGAGCCGCCCCUCGGCCAGUGGGGCCAGCCCGGUGUCCAGCAGGGGCGCCUGGAGUGUGAAGGAGGAGCAGGUGAGGCAGUGGGCAGCCGAGAUGCUGGUGGCCCUGGAGGCGCUGCACGAGCAGGGGGUGCUGUGUCGGGACCUCAAUCCCCGGAACCUGCUCCUGGACCAGGCAGGCCACAUACGGCUCACGUAUUUUGGCCAGUGGUCAGAGGUGGAGCCUCAGUGCUGCAGGGAGGCUUUGGACAACCUGUACAGCGCCCCAGAGGUGGGUGGGAUUUCUGAGUUGACCGAAGCCUGUGACUGGUGGAGCUUUGGGUCUCUCCUGUAUGAACUGCUGACUGGAACGGCACUGUCCCAGAGCCACCCCUCAGGAAUCCAGCCCCACACCCAGCUUCAGCUGCCUGAGUGGCUCAGUCGCCCCGCGGCCUCCCUGCUGACUGAGCUGCUGCAGUUUGAUCCCACCCGGCGCCUGGGCACUGGAGGAGGUGGCGUCCACAAACUCAAGUCCCACCCAUUUUUCAGUGCCAUCCAGUGGAGCAAACUGGUGGGGUAGAAGGCGGUGGACUGGCGAUGGAAACAGCUGGACUGGCCCGGAUCGCCUCUCUUCUCUUUGCCUGCCACCCAGAGCUGUCCCCGCCAAUCAGUGGCCCUCGGGCAAAGGAUGCAAGGCAGCUUGCCUUUCCUGGUCAGGCCCCUCCCUUGACUCAUUGCCACUGAGCAGGAGGGGCCCAUGGAGGGCCCCGGCCACCUCUGGGAGAAACCUUUCCUCGUUAGUGCUGAGGGGGAGGGACAGGGAUCUCAGCCUGUUAGGCAGCUUGAACCCCUCCACUCAUCCAUCCUCCACCCAUCCGUCAACAGUCACCUGCUGAGUGCACACUCUGUACUUGAACUCGAACCUACCAUGUUGAAAGGUGCCUUUCUCUGCGUUAGCUCUGAGCUAUUGAGCACCUGCUGAGCCGUGAAGUUUUGUGACUCAUCAUCUGCCAUGUGCCCCACUCAGGAUGUUUCUGGAGAUCAUCUCAGGAUACUAGUCCACUGGUUUACUGGUCCCAAACCAGGGCCGCCCUGACUGGUCACCUUAACCAUGCAGCUAGUGGGCCUCUUCCACCAGAGGCUACUUCUGCAGGGGGUCGGGAGGCUGGGGAAGCAGGGAAGAAGUCUGU